AUGCUCCGCGCUGAUGGCGAUAAUGGGAACGAUGAGCGCCGGAGAGGAAGUGGGGUAUUCUGCGCUAACUGUUUGACCACCAAGACGUCACUUUGGAGGAAGAAUGCGAACGGUGGCUAUGUGUGCAACGCAUGUGGACUGUACCAGAAACUGCAUUCGACCCCGAGACCUCUGAACAUCAUCAAGCAGAACAACGGCGAACAGAUCAUUCGCCGUCGCACUCGCAAACGCAUCAACCCCGAUACGCUGCCUUCUGAAAACCCUGCCCCCAAACGUCAACAGGUGCCAAACGAGGAGCGCGUCAACGGGGAAGAAACUUACCGAAACUCCCUGAAGAGCCAGCAGCCUUCACCGCGCUCUCGCUCGCCGCGUUCUACACAAGCUUUCCUCGCCAAUCAAACCCUGGAGAUCCACCGACGGAUGCCUCCUCUUCUUCUGCCGUCACAUUCAUCACCGCUCGAGGGCAAUGGUGUUCAUCCUGAAUCCGGAUUAAUCUCCAAAAUGGAAGGAGGAAAGGGCGGUUCAGAAAGAGGAAGCCCAAUCGAAAAAUACAUGCGGCCAUCCAAAGCAUCUAGCUACUCGCCUCCCGGUUCGCCGAUUGAGAAGUAUCAGUAUCCCUUGUUCUCUUUGCCGCUUCCUCUUACCAUAUCCCCGGAUUUGGCUCCCGAGUCCGACUGGCUUCGAUUCUGGACCAAAUACAAAAUGGCUGCCACGUCUGGUGUCGCUGGCGGCAUCAGCAGCACGACUAGCCUUGGAAACAGUUAUCUAGGGAUGGUUAGUUCUGUGCAGCAGCAUCAUCAGCAAAGCUACACGGUGCCUUACUGUGCCUCGCCAUACUCUCCGCUACCUCCUCCACCAGCAACCCCACACUACCCUCCCCCACCCAUCCAACCGCAAGCGUCAUCUGCAUCCUUGGAGAACGAAGCGCCUUUAGAUCUCGCAAUAAAGCAAAGAAACACCAAAUCCCCCUUAGUUGACCAUGACUGGAAAGAAGACGAAUCAAAGAUGGAAGUAGAUACAGUCUAUGAGAAAGAGCAAGAAAUACUAAAUACUCAGCUAGAUGCGUCCGUCAAAAGCGCAACCGUCGAAGUGUCCACCCAAGACGACUUGACCCACCGGUGCGCGCAUUGCGGGAUCUACUUUCUGGAUGAGGUCAUGUACGCCUUGCACAUGAGUUGUCACGGUGACCAGGCGCCAUACCAGUGCGGGUUUUGCCUUCACGUCUGCACGGACAAGUACGACUUCACCAUGCACAUUCAAAGAGGGCUACACUCCGACAAGACGCCGCAGCCGAAACCCGAAAACACUGUGAGUUCAGAAAGCGCAGACAUAGAGGAGAAAAGCGAGGAUCCGAUAAAAGACGCUAACGUUGAGGACGAGCCGGAAGAGGAAAGUAUGGGAAGUGAGGUGGAGGACAAGCAAGAUCAGAAAGGCGGGGAGGAGCAAGGUAGCGAGACGGGUGCGGAUUCUGUUGCCACGUCUCCAACUGUCGCAAUUAGCAAGUCUAAAAAGGGUGACAAGAACUUGGAAAGUAUUUAA